GUCUUUGCAGAGGAGUGUCCGCUCUAUUGUAGUUAGAGUGGAUUGCAAUUUGCAGACUGGCGACACACACAGUUAUUACCAUGGAGUCGCAGGUAUGGUAAUACUUAACUGCAUUUUUCUUUGAUUGUGAUCUGAUACAAUCCCACGAAACUAAAUAAUAUAUGUAUGAAAAUGUGAAGCUUGUGUCCGUCACGCUGUCAUGUUAUUUUGUUUAUAGUUUUAAUUGAUAAUGUUAGCCAGCGUCCAAGUCAAGCUAGCAGACUGGCAGCAGUGAUCCCGUUGUUUGCUGUCAGCUCCAGGAAGUUCCUGGUUGAACUAAAUCCGUCAGACAUUGCUGGAAACAGACUUGUCCAUUUGCUUUGUGAAUGUUUUUAGUGUGCAGCAACUACUGAGUACUUUUAUACUAUUUUUGGUGGAAAACGGAUUUGAUAUUACUAGCUUUGCAUGGCUGAGUAGCAAUCUUGCUAGGUAAUGAAUAGGACAUUGUUUGCCGUGCGACAGUUUGUAUUUCUGGGACGUGGUGUGAGUUCCUCUGUUGCACGCUGUCAGGUGAUGAGCAACCCGGAGGAAAUCGUCAGACUCUACAGAGAUCUCAGUCUCUUCCCUUCUCUGAGCAAAGCAGACUUGGGACCUGUCAUAACUUCUCAGUAUGGAGGCAAAUACAGCAACAUCUACACGGGUGAGCACAGACUGUUCCAGUGACUAAUCAUUUUUAGGUGUCUGUAUUUUCAGUGACUUUGACUGACUUUCCUUUACAGAGUGGAGCCAGCGUGAUUUGGAGAGGAAUGAGAAUGUCAAGUUUUGCAGACAGUACAUUGUAUUCCAUGAUGAUAAGUCGGUGGUCUUCUCUGGAGCCUCAGGAAACAGCACUGAGAUCAAAGGAGAGUAUGUAAACAUUUUCAUAAUUCCUAACUCAAAGCAGAUCGAUCCUUCCAGACUGUUGCCCCCAGGCUUUGGAAUGAUCUUCCUCUCUCUCUGGACUUAAUUGACUCUGUUGACUCCUUUAAAAGCCAACUCAAAACGUAUUUAUUAGCUCAGGCUUUUGUUUAAUUGUUUUUGGGGCUGCUAUGACUGUUUAAUGUUGUUGUCUUGGCCUUUUAAUUUGUAUGUACCUUUUUAUUUUUUUUCCAUGUGAAGCACUUUGUGACUCUUUAGUCUGUGAAAAGUGCUAUACAAAUAAAGUAUGCUUACUUACUUACCUACUAAAAGGUCUAAACCAGACUGUUUCUCCUCACAGGUUACUGAGUAAGGAUUCCCCUUCAGGUGAAAUGAAGGCUGUGGUUAGGGAGUGCUCCAUCAAAGGAGAGGAUACUCAGUUUCUGGAGGUGCCUUUUCUCCUUUAAAUCAUGCUUUUUACAAAAUAAAAUCAGGCUUGGUGUUCAUAUUUAAUUGACACUGUAAAUCCCACAUCUAUCUGAAGAUCAUCUUGUUUUAAAUCUGAGGCACUUGACUUUUCUUUAAUUUCUGCAAUCAUUUAGAUCUGGAGUAAAAACAUCAAGAUGAAGAGCAUCAAUCUGACAGCCUUGAAGAAGCAUGGCAAAGUCUACGAGGAUGGUGAGUUCUCUGCAUUUCAGUUCCUAUACAACCAUACCUGCCAACAUUUGGGUUAUAAAAUCGAGGGUUAAAAAAGAGAUUCUAGUUGCGCGUGCUGGACAGUUUUGGGGUUACCUUGUACGGUGGAUAUGAGCUAAUUAUGAGAGUAUUUGUGAUUAGAUUGCUCAUCCAAAUAAGUCUAAGUGGAGCAGCACAUUUUUUUGUUUUUUUUAAUAAUAACAAAUGGUACCAAAAAAAAUAGCUACAAUUUUCGUUGAACUUAUUUAGUCCACUAAUUUUGGUGUUGAAGUCCUCAUAUGUUUUACAUGUUCUCUGAACAUCUGUGUUUCCAGUACAGCACUCUUUUGUCUGAGGCUGCCCGAGCGCAUCACUCCAAGACAGUGCAAGACUAUCAACUUAAAUCUGACGAGAGUUAUAUCCCGCGUUUGUUUUCCUUUCAUUGAAGUAUUUAUUUUGCAACAAACACUGCUUAAAUAUUUACAUCUUAAACUGACCUGAAUCAUCCCAAAUUGUUCAGUAAAAGUAUCAAUCCAGUGUCUGUGAGGCUCAGCAGAAACACAGGACAAUCUUCGGUUGUCUGGAAAUCUGGCAACUUUGGAUGAAUAUAGUGAUCCAGUUCAUGAAUGAACGUAGACCAUGCAAACUACGGGAGAUUUGCGAGAGAAAUGACAAUACUGAAGGUGGGCGAGAGAUAGGUCUGAAAUACGGGAGAGUCCCGGGAAAAACGGGAGUGUUGGCAGGUAUGUACAACUGAGCCUUUGUAUGCAUAGUUUAGGAGUAAUUAAUACUACGUUUGUUCUUCUAUAGAUCAGUUUGGCAGCUUGGUUUGGUCCCACUCUGAGACCCACCUUUUGUACGUGGCAGAAAAGAAGAGGCCUAAGACAGAAUCGUUCUUCCAGGUAUGUCAUCAUAACUGUACUUGAGGGUUAAUCGGCUGAAAAUCAUGUUUGACAGACAACAGGUGCAGCAUUCUUUGGAGGUUUAAAAUUUCAGUAGCGUCAAUACUGGUCUCACACGGCAUACUGAAACCAUAACUAAAUGUUUUCAGCAUGUUUGAAGUGAGUGCAAUGAUUUUUCUUUUAAGGAAACUGCCAAAUUUGCAGAUAUUUCCUUUCUAGAAACAGCAAACAGUAUCAAAAUUAUCUAAGGCUUUGGCACAUUGUUAAAAAAAGCUUAUUAAUCAGUCACAAAGAAAAAUAGUCUGUAAAUGCCGUCAAUUUGAACACAUUUUACGUCGCCCUUUGAGCCUUGAAUGUCUUGUAAAACUGACACUAAUUGGAGUGUGGCUUCAGGGAGAUGAGAAAAGUUUUCAGUCCUCUGUUUAAAUCAGUGUUAAUUCACUAUUGACUGUUGCAGUAUGAGAUUUCUGAAUUAUGUUACACCCAUGGAGAGUAACUCUUUGUUCUGUUUCAUCCUUUUUGUCUGCAGUCUGGCUCAACAGGCUUGUCCUCUAUUGCAGAAGAUGAAGAGACCUCAAGAGUGGAGAAAAAGGAGGCUGUAAAGGUAGAAAUGCAAUAAGGAAUAAAACCUAAAAAACACUUAUAGGCGAUAUUUCACUGAAGCUGAGGCUGUGGUGGUUUUUCUGUUUUUAUUCCUGCAGGGGGAGCAGUUUGCCUUCCAUGAGGACUGGGGCGAGGCGCUGGUUACUAAGAGCUGUCCUGUGCUUUGUGUCCUGGAUAUCGAUGGUGACAGCGUGUCUGUGCUGGAGGGAGUGCCAGAAAACAUCUCACCUGGACAGGUGGAUACAGCACCUUGUGUGAUAAUGCAUGACUCUGGUUUUUGAGGCUCAUACCAUGUCCUUCACUUUACAGGCAUUUUGGGCUCCUGGUGACACAGGUGUGGUGUUUGUAGGCUGGUGGCACGAGCCUUUCAGACUUGGCCUUAAGUACUGCCCAAACAGGAGGUAAAAAAAAGAGUUACAUCUGUCGUAUCAGAAAAGUCAUUAUAGUUGCUCUGCAGGUUAUUCAGCUAUGUCAUUUUCUCCCUCAGGUCAUCUCUGUUCUACGUGGAUCUCACUGGUGGGAAAUGUGGUAAGCGAAUGACUGUAAUUUUAAGUAUAGUGCUGUCUCUUCCAGAAAGAUGAUAAAGUUAAAUACGAAUAGAUCCCAUAACCAUAACACCCUCCUUCUCUAAGGGCACGUACUACCAAGUUUUGCUUUGUAAUCUUUGUAUGAACUGUUAUAUGAGAACAUGAGAUUGUCCUUGUUUUACUUGUUUUCAGCGUUGAAUACGAAUAAUGAUGCAUGUCAGGGCUCGACAGUGUGACCGUUUCACUCGCAUUUGCAACUAAAAAAAGAUGUGCAUGAAUUCUAAAAAGUAUUUAGGGGCACAUGUGCACAUAAAAAAAACAGGCAAAUGUUUUUUUCAUGUAGAUACCACGGUGAAGUUAGUUUUAGGUUGGAUAUUUGAUGGACAUUCACUGUGGAUUUACUGGUGUCUUCUCACUCUCUAUAACCUGGAAUAGCAACAGCAGCGCAGUUAAAUCUACUUGGCACCCUCGCUGUCAGGUGUUGAAUAAGGGACCAUCAAUAAAUUACCGGUUGAUGUUCUCAAAAAACGCUGUUUUCCUUCAAUAGCUUUCAUGUCACGUGACCAAUUGACCUAAAAUUGAUUUCAAAUAGGAGUACUAAGGUCGGACAAUAAGACACACCUCUUUAUUUCACUAAUUUGUCCUCAAAAAAAUUUUUGUGUUUAAUUUAAAGGCAAAUUUUAAACAUUUUCUUCAAUAGCUUCCAUGUCAUGUGACCAAAAGAUCUAAAAUUGAAUGUGCUCCUUGUGAAAAAAGUUAGUGUCAAGCCCUGCAUGUACAAAAAGUUUGGCUCUAAGCAAUACAUCCAUGAAUUCCUGAUUUGGCAGAUGUUAAUGUGUUGUAAUUGUUUGUGUGUUACUUUAGAGCAGCUGUCAUCGGGCACCAGUGCUGUGUACUCCCCCAGGCUCAGUCCAGAUCAGUGUCGAAUUGUUUAUCUGGAAUGUUCUGUCUAUGGACCACACAUGCAGUGCAGCAGGCUUUGUAUGGUAGGGCAGACUUUUGGCACAUUUUCUUCCCACUCUGUAUAAAGUGCACUGUCCUCAUUGAAAAACUGUGUAGUAAAAGAUGAUUAUUUACACAGCUUAUCAUCUAAUUGUCCUGUCUGUAGACAUGGAGCUUUACUGAAACAAAAAUACAUGAGUGUGUUAAUAAAUGCCUUUGUUUAUAUUUGCUCUUGUCUUUGCUUGCAUGUUGUAUUUUUGUAGUAUGACUGGUAUACGAAGAAGACGUCAGUGGUGGUGGAUAUUGUGCAGAGGCCUAAAGAGGGUAAGGACCACCUGAUCAUGACAUGAGUACACCUUUCUUCCACUCUUUGUCUAAUCCAGCUGUGUCUGUGUGUAUUUAUGCGUCUCCACAGAUGGUUUCACUGGUAUCUACAGCUCUCAGUUGGCCCCUCAGUGCUGGUCAGCUGAUAGUCAGCGUGUUAUUAUCUCUUGUCCUCAGCGUAGCCGCAAGGUAUUGUCUGUUUCCAAGAUUUGUCUUAUCAAAAUUACAAAUUGUAGUUUGGCAAAAUCAUUUUUUUAUAAUCAGGUUAAGACCAUUUUAAAAUCUGUUACCUCAGAAGUUAUCGUCUCUCUUGCAGGAUCUAUUGAUGGUGGAUACAAGCACUGGAAGCGUCACCUCUCUGACUUCGAGUGAGUCAUGAAACUCAUUUUUCUGCCUUGGGAUUAUUCAGAACUAAACACCCCCUCUUCCUCUUCCUUUUUAUUAUUGCCACUACUACGAAGUCAUGCACCUACUGCGUUUUUGUGUUACUGAAGCUCUUAAACCAAUAUCUUUCAACCUGCGACUUAUUAUGCUCUUUGUCGGUCUCCAGAGUCUGAUGUCGGCAGCUGGUGCCUGCUGAACAUAGAGAGAGAUCUGAUGGUGGUCAGCUGCUCCUCUCCAAACACCCCGCCAUGUUUGGUAGUUACUCUUUUUUUUUGGUCUUUUUUUCAGAGUGAUCUUUAUUAAAUUUCUCAAAAGCCACAAGGUCACAAACUCAUGUGUCAUUUCUGUGUCCAGAGGGUGGGUUUCCUGCCCCCCAGGGAUUCAGUGGAGGGAGUGGUCUGGGUUACUUUGGAAGACUCUCAGAUUUUGCCAGAUAUUGAUUGGCAGAUCUUGACUUUCAACCCUCCUCCAGAGCAAGACAACAGCCAGUACCGUAAGAUUUCAGUCUGAUUGCUGUAUAUGGAGGGUGGACAAGAUCUGACUGUGUGUAUGACAUAUAAAGAACAGCGUAGGUAAUCUUAGGGGAAAAACUAAUUAGUACUCUAUAUAUAUUCUUCCAGCUGGCCUUGAUUUUGAAGCGUUGCUGAUCAAACCAAAGGAGGUUAAGGAUGGAGUGAAGCUGCCUCUUAUCGUCACUCCUCAUGGUUGGUGACUCUGAAUCGAGUUCUUUGUAUUUCAGUGUUUUAUUCUCAAGUAUCAGCUGUCUUUUCAGUCAUGAGCCACUUAUGCAGAUCAGAAAAUGACCAGUGUGUUAAAGUUUCUGAUCAUAUUCUCAAAGUGUUUUGGAGAAAACAAAGAAACCAGAAAGGGUUUUUUUUUUUACAUGCAAAGUUACUUCAGGCUUUUAGACCUCAUGGGGAAAAAGAACAUGAAGACACAAACUGACUUCUUAUUGUUAUUGUUCUUUCUCUAAGGUGGUCCUCACUCAGUGCUUGUAGCCGACUGGGUUCUGUCAUCAUCAGUGCUGUGCCGGAUGGGCUUUGCCAUAUUACUGGGUUAGUAAAAUAUGAGUGUCUUUAACCUGUGACCAAUAACCUAUUCAUGGGAUUUUUAUACAGCGUAUAAAACUGAUGAUUAAGGGUCCCCAUGCUGUCUCCUGCCAGCAGAAACAUAUGGUGUGUAGAUCACUCUUAGAUUAAAAAAUACAUUAAUUGUAAUUUUAAAAAAUUGGCCACAUUUCUCAGAAUCUUGUAAACAAUGAAAUACCCCGGAAGCAUGCAGUUUGCACACACUUACCCGAUCUCACGUGGGUGUUGCCAGACAGUUUUAUGUGAAAUCAGUUUCACUAUUCCAGUAAACGGACUGCUGAUGACUAGGAAUGCUGACAACUAUAGGUCCUCUAUUGUGGUUUUGUACUUCAAAAGAGGCACGCCAGGUUUACUGGUUUCAAACAGGUGUUUUUUUUUUUUUUUUCCUGUAGCAACAGGAUGAGAAACUGAAAACUGGUCACACGCUUGCUUUUCUUGUUUCUGGAGUUAAGUUAGUUUGAGAGAUUUGUUUAAGAUUCUUGAUUAUAGCAUUUCAUCCUGCCCUAAAUCAUACAUGUCAACUAUAUCAGUGUGUGUUUUUGUUUUGUUUAUUUUUCUGUAGUGAACUAUCGUGGCUCUCUGGGGUUCGGCCAGGACAACAUCCUCUCAUUACCCGGCAAUGUUGGCAGUCAGGAUGUCAAAGAUGUUCAAGUAAGAAUAAGAGAAAAGCUGUUUAAAAGUCAUGAUCUGGUUCAUGUUAUUCUUCACCUCUCCUUUCUGAAAUCUCCAAUCUUUCUAGCAGUCUUGUCAAAAUUAAGAUAGAAAAGCCCAAAAACUAGUUUUGAAAAUAUCCAAUAUUCUGAUUAUUGUGUUUUUAAUCCUUUAAAUUGGUGAUCAGUAAAGGCAUUGUUCCUCCUACUAAGUAUUGUCUACUGUUUAACCUACAGUGUAAUGAUUAGUCUUGUAGUUCCCUUAUUUAGUUGAGAUUUGUUUUCAUAGCUAUCAUCCAAAAAAACCUGGCAUCAUAAACGUUUUCCUUUUUCAUUUUUUGCAUUUUCACACGUCUUUCCGUCUUCUCUCGAAUUGCCCCUUUCUUUUGUUCUCUCUCAGUUUGCUGUUGAAAGUGUUCUCAAAGGUGAUGAUUUCGACACGCAAAAAGUGGCAAUUUCUGGGGGCUCCCAUGGUGGUUUCCUGGCCUGUCAUCUCAUCGGCCAGUAUCCAAGCUUCUACAAAGCCUGUGUGGCUCGCAACCCCGUCAUCAAUCUGGCCUCGAUGAUCGGCAGCACAGACAUCCCAGACUGGUAAAGACUGUCAGAGUAUUUAAGAUUUUCAUGUAUUAGUUAUACAUAACCACUCAUCUUCUCCUGUUUUAUCAUGGUACCCCCCUGACAUUUCACUAUGACAGCUGUGAGCAAGUGAGUGGGAUAAAGGGCAUGUGUCUACCUCACUGUGAGGAAUGGAGGUGGUUAUUAGCGCACAGAGACACACUCGCACUGCAGGAACAAAAAUAACCUCAAAACUGUUCAGGGAGUUUCUUUUUCCUUCCUCUUGAUGUUUCGCCUUUUGCAGGUGCAUGAGCGUGUCUGGCUUCGACUACAGCACGGACUGUCUACCUGACCCAGCUGUAUGGGAGCAAAUGUUAAACAUGUCCCCCAUUAAGCAUGUCCCUCAGGUAGGAGUUUCUCACUGUGUGUCUUUUACCUUGUGUAUGCAAACUUAUUGGUGCUGUGAAACAAUAUCAUAAAAAAAUAAACACGAUCUCUCAUCCAGGUGCAGACACCAGUGUUGCUUACCUUAGGGGAAGACGACAAACGAGUGCCUAACAAGCAAGGAAUUGAAUACUACAGAGCUCUGAAAGCAAAGCAGGUUCCUGUCCGGUAAGCAACUUGUCCGACUUCUGUUGCGCAAUAGAGCUUUGAUUGCCUAUUCACUAAUGCUCUGAUACAUUUAUUUUAGGUUGCUAUGGUACCCAGGGAACAACCAUGCUCUCUCCAAGGUGGACGCUGAGUCAGAUGGCUUUAUGAACAUUGCUCUGUGGAUAAUUCAACAUUUGUAUCAGUGAUGGUAAAUUUGAGAUGACAGGACACCACUGGGCGCGAGGGAUAUUCUGCUUUUGUUUUCAAGGACGUUGUAAGGUCCAAGCCAAAGAAUAUAAAGUGCUCUCCAACUUGAAGAUAUGAUGUAUAAAAUUGAGUCUUCUUGUAAGUUAUCUGUUGCCAUGGGGGUUUCCACGGUUACUCUCUCAGAGUUGAUGAAGGUUUGAACACAGCACUUACAGCUUUAAUGCAGUUUAUGAAGUCAGAAAUGUAAUGGUUGGUUAAUUUUGCAGGCUCUAAUUAUAUAGAGAAAAUAAAGGGCUUUUCAUUCUGUCAGUUGUGUUUGAGAAUACAUCAAGGAAUUUCUUUCAUACUCAUUUUUUUUCUGCUUACUGUCAUGUUUCACAACAGUUUUGGUUUGAUUUUAUGAGACAGUGCACUUAAUAAACUUGUUAAAAAAAAAAA